AUGAAGAGAAAGAGGAUAAAAGGGAUGUUCCGAUCCCGCAUCCGAUCAAAGGAAAGUCACGAUCCUAGCCGACGUAUGUGUCACCGGCGCGAAAACCCGACAUCCACAGCUUCGAAUCCAGCUGCAGAAGUAGCUAAUAAAGUAUUUGGCUCUGAGGCAUUCCGCUUCCCUUUCGAUCCCGCGCCGAGCUUGGAUAAGAAACCUAUUAAGAAAGAUCCUAGUUUCGUCAGCUCUAUUCCUCUCUGGGGAGGAUGCAAAAUAGGACCUUAUCCAAUGAGUGAUACGCCAUUCAUGGUAAUGAUUCCCGAAUCUGGUUGA